CAGCCAAUGGGAGGCCAGGAAGUUAUGACGUGUCAGUGGGUGUGAUCCCGCAGGAGGAAGCGUCAAGCCACCGAACAAUAUAACAAAGUUUUAAGAAGAUGGCAGACAAGACUGUGGAUCGUGGGCCAUGGACAGGAUGUGCCGUCAUGUUUCUGCAGUCACUCUGUCCUGGUGUGAACCUGCUCUCACUCUUCAAAGACAGAGAACAGGGAAAGUUCAUCGUUUUCAAAGUCAUCAAGCUGACACUUAUAGAUUCUGCAGGAGGUCUGGGUGGUUACGAGAUACUUAAGGUCCAUGACGCUGAUCCCUUUCUGGGGGUAGAGGUGAAGUUUGAGGAUGUGGCAGCAUGUCAGCAGUUCCUGGAGAGCUACAGCUCUGGAGCAGUGCGUCAGUCCCUCUCUCAACACGCCUGCCGGCUUCUUACUCUUCCCCAAGAGUUCACAGUGGAAACUCAGCUCAAGGCCAGCACACACAUCCUGGAUCUCUAUCUGGACAAGCUGGAACUUUGCCUUCAGCACAUCCACCUGUCACAGCCGGAGCGCCUGCGCGAUGAGGAGAUUGAGCAUCUGGAGGAGCAGCUGAGGACUCAGGCCCGCGGCCCGGCCCCACAGCCGACCCCCAUCACACAGGAAGAGGGUCCCGUCCCCAGCCACUGCUUCAAGUUUCAGAAUAAAGUGUUUGAGGACCGAAUGCUGACUGCGGGAGAUGUUCAGAGCUUUUCUAACGGAGUGGGCCGCCAGUGGAAGCAUGUGGGAAGGGCCCUGGGGAAGAGCUGCCGGGCUCUGAAGGGUCUGGCCAUAGACAACCUGGCCUACGAGUACGAGAGAGAAGGGCUGUAUGAGCAGGCCUAUCAGCUGCUCAGUCGCUUCAUCCAGGCAGAGGGGAGAGCGGCCAAGCUGAGCCGACUGGUCAAAGCGCUGGAGGACUGCAAACUCACCAGCCUGGCUGAAAAUAUUCUGGAGCUACAGCCACGAGAGUAACUCGGUGUGCUUUUGUUCUGUGUGUACGAGUUUUAAAAACUGAGGGGUGACAGACCCUCUCUGCA